GUACUUUAUUUUUCAAAAAAAAUAAAAAUCUAAGGUCAGUCAAUCAAUCAAUUUUUCUAUAAUAUAAAAAUAACAUGAUAUAAAAAGGAAAACCUAGUGAAUAAAAUUUAUUAUGUCAGGAACUGUUCUAGUAGGUGGAGGUACAGGUUUUGUUGGCAAACACCUCACGAAAACCCUAACAAGCAAAUACUAUGGAGUCAAAGUGGUCUCGAGAAUGCCUGGACCGAAAAACAUUUCGUGGCAAGAGCUAAACACCAAUGGCCUUCCAGAAGGUACUGUGGCGGUAGUAAAUUUAGCCGGUCAAAAUGUAAUGGAUUUCAAGCAGCGCUGGUCUGCUGGAUUCAAACAAAACGUCUAUAACUCUAGAAUUAACACUACAGCCUCUCUAGCUAAAGCGAUUGCUAAUGCUAAACAUAAACCCAGAGCUUUUGUGUCAAUGUCGGGUGUUGGAGGCUAUAAACCAGACAAAGAUAAGGAAUAUGAUGAAUGUUGUACAGUUGAACAAUUCGAUUUUUUCUCUAAAUUGGUCUUGGAAUGGGAAAAAGCAGCUGCCAUAGAUGGACCUGCUAGAAACGAAUGUAGAAUAACUACUAUUAGAAGUGGAGUGGUUUUGGGACGAGACGGUGGCAUGAUAAAACAACUUUACAUGCCAUUUUUCUUGGGACUUGGUGGUCCUGUCGGCAAUGGAACUCAAUAUCUACCUUGGAUUCACAUAAAAGAUUUGGUCGAUUUAAUUAUAUUUAGCAUAGAAAAUAGUAAAGUUGAUGGUGUUCUCAAUGCAGUGGCUCCUCAAGUUUGUACCAACAAAGAAUUUUCAGAUGCUUUUGCAAAAGCACUAAACCGACCAGCCUUCAUACCAGUUCCCAGUUUUGUUUUCAAUAUGAUGCUAGGAGCAGAAAGGGCUAAAAUGAUAACGGAAGGCCAAAAAGUUAUACCCAAAAGGACCCAGGAACUUGGAUUUAAAUUCAGCUUUCCUACAGUUUUAAGUGCUUGUCAGGAUAUCGUUAAAAAUUCAUGAAGAACAGUAUUGUUGAAUAAUGUCAACAGGAAAAAUUAAUAAUUGUUUGUUGUUUUUAAAAUUAUAUAGAUUUUAUUAUUUAUUUUGAAGAAAGGUGGUUUGAAUAUCAUACUUAUUGAAAUUUGAAGCUGAAAAAACUGAUAAUCUUUAUUGAAGAAACUUUUUCAACUUCAGAUAAUUUUCUGAGCAAGCAACAUAACUAGCAGAGCAGAGUCACGGUAUAAUAGGACUGUUCUCACAGAAAUCACAAACCAGCAAAUCGAUAACAAAGAGUUUUCUGACUAUUCUCAACCAAUGAUGAUUUCUGUGAGAACCAACCUGAUAUUGUAGAGGAUAAUAAACAAAAAUUCAUAAAAAAAUCACGUAUAUUAGGUACUCCUUAAACAUACUAUAUUUAUAAUUAUUAUUAUUUUAACAAAAAAAUAAAUAAUCUUUCAAAAAAAUAGAAUCAACUCAUAAGUUAAAAAAACAAAAACUUAAACUAAUAAUUAAUAGCAGUAUCACCGUUCCAGCCUCUUAAUUUGUCCAUGUUAAGAUUCUGCGAUUUAGUUUAGGACCUGACUAAAAUACAUAAAAACACACCCAACAAUAGCGCUGCCAAUAAUUGUAUUUUAUGUGACACAUGGAAGUAGCUGGGUAGCGAGGAAGGUUUACUAACUUCUGGUUCGGUUGGUAAAAACAAUAUACAAGCACACACUGCUAUGAUUAUGCUUGAAACAAAAUUAUUUGUAGGUGUAUUAGUUGAUCGAUUUAUACCUCUGAAAAAGAAAAAUGUUUUUGAAUAUGCAGUGAAUACUAAAACUAUAGGCGAAUGAUGUCCAGAAUUUUUUAUGCAGGCUAUCACGAAUCUAUGUAAUAAGAAAGAAAUUGUAUAUGAAUUUAUAUGUACCAGGUGUCCCACUAAGGUCGGCCAGGUACGAUAUUAUGGAAACCAUAGACCUUACGGCUUCGGGAUUUUUUUUUUCUUCACUAAAUCGGCCAAGAGAAAUUGAUAGAAAUUAUUUUCAAGUUUCUAGGAUGACCGCUAGGGGGCGCAAUUACGAUGAUAUAGCUAAAAAUUCAACUUUUCUCAAGAAAUCGCUAUAUUAAGAUACUGUUUUAACAACAGAAAUCAGAAUUUCAUUAAUUUUUGCGCCAGUUUGGUUAUUAGGCUUUUUUUCGUAUCUUCAGUGAUAAGGGUGGGGGAAGCUGGUGAAGUUUUUUUUUUAGAAAUUGCUGUAUCUUCCAUACCCCUCAUUCAAAUUCAUUCAAUUUGGGUUUAUUUGCUCAUUCAUUCAUUGUUAUCAAAAACCCCAUUUCGUUCGAGGUCGAUAGUUCCCACCGAGUCUUCUGGCGCUGUUUAUUCAAGAUACAGUUUUUUCUAAUUUUCAUGAAAAAUCCAAAUGGCAUAAUAUUAUUUUUGUAUUUCUGUGCUUAAAGAGCAAAAAAAUAUCUACAUUAAUAUCUACAUUUUGGCGCAAACCGCAAUUCAAUAUCUGCAUUCGUUUUCAAGUUACGUAAGGUCUAUGGUCUCCAUAUAUCGUACCUGGCCGACCUUAGUGGGACACCCUGUAUAAUUUCUGUACCUUUAGGCUUUAGGUAUAAAUAGAUAGCAUGUCUUUGAAUAGUACCCUUAAUUUUUUCAUGAGUUAUCUGAGAAUACAUAGUUUCAUAGUUCUCCCCCCACAAAGCUCCAAGAAACUGCCUUGAAAAUGAUAGUUUUGAGUCACUUUCGCCCUGAGAACUAAAACGAGACUUACACAGCGUCCAGAGCCAAAGGGAAAAAGCCAAUAAAUCCCUAUAUGGCUCGAAACAAGCUGGGGAACAUUACGAUUUCAGAACCUUUACUAAAAGCUAACACAAUUAGGGAUCAGACAAUCAGGAGCCAAUCCCUGUGUCUAUGAAAAAUGCAAAGGUAGAGAUAAACUAGUAAAUUGAGUCUGAAUACGUUUAUAAAUGGGUCUGCAUGAUUAUUUGCUUCAAUAUAGGUUGUAUUGUUAAAAGCUAAGCUUAAC